CCUGGCACCUGCCCGCCUCUCCCCGACGGCCGCACUGCUCCGCUUCCGCCCUCCACCCAUCGCCCGCCGCCCACCCUACCCUCCCCUACCCGGCUCCCCUCGCAGGGCGCCGCCUUGCCGCCCCUUCGCGCAGCGCGCCUGCGCCUUGCGCGGCCGGCGGCUCCACCCGCCGCGCGGCUGUGGCCUGCGGCUUGCCGGCCGCGUCUAGUCUGUUCGCUCGGUCCAGCCUGCGCCUUGCUGCGGCCGCCCGUCACCUUCCGCCGUCGUCGCCCACUGCAGCCCUCCACCCGUCGCCACUGGGCCAAAGUGUAUCUCCACGGUGCACACUUUUGUGUCUUGACCAAGUGAUGUAGAAAGCGAUUUUUCUUCAGGGAAUUUGCUAAUCUCAGACAGGUUUGGAUAUUCCAAUAAAAUGUUAAACUUUUGUGAUAUCCUUCUCCGCUUAGCUGCAUCACAAGGAGAAUGGAAAGAAAAGCAGGCGGUGACGGCAAAGAAGCCAUAAAUGAGCAAGUAAUCGCCAACACCUAUGCCAGCAUGCGCACGGAAAUGAACCAGCUCUACACCAAGAUCACGGAGCUGGAGAUGGAGGUCAGCGAGCACUCCCUCGUGAUUGGCGCGAUCGAGCCGCUGGACCCCUCGAGGCGCUGCUACAGGAUGAUCGGCGGCGUCCUGGUGGAGAGGACCAUCAAGGAGGCCCUGCCCGCGGUGAAGCGCAACAAGGAGGGCCUCGAGGAGGUGAUCGCCCGCAUGCGCGAGGCGCUGGAGAGGAAGAAGAAGGAGAUCACCGAGUUCGAGCUUAAGUACAAGAUCAGGAUUCAUAAGGCUGGCAACGAUGCCGAGGAAGCCGGGAGGAAGGAAGGCACCGCGCAGGGAGUUCUUGUUGGUCCCGCUGGGCGGUAAAACCGAGCUGUAGAGACCUGCAUGCUACGAGUUACUUUGCGGUGCCCAGAUCGCUUCUUUGCUAGAUGUGGAAUGAUCUCUCUGUGUGUUUUAGGGGUGAUGUGCUUAUGUAGAACCGACGAUUUUGUGUAGAACCCGAUAUUAUGCUUAGAUGAGAACCUCAUUGGGAGCUGAAUAGUUGGCGGGCAAGUUGUGUCA